AUGCCGAAGGUGCAUUCGGUCGUCGUAGGCGAGCCCAUGUCGUCCACGAUGGGGCACAAACAGCAUGUGGUGGUAUUCAACAAGCUGUCUCUUGUGUGGAGCGUCGUGUUUUCUAUUAACUUGGCGUUUAUGCCGAUGAAAGCGUAUUGGACAGAGUACUAUCCUUGGAGCAUGCCAUCCCCGCCAACGUUGCUACUAGAAAAAAACCCCGACGACUUUCAUUCGUACACCAGCACCACGUCCCAGUUCCUCCAGAACGCGUACAAUAGCGACACGUUUCCCGACCCCAACAACAUGUUCCUCCGGGAUCCUGCGUCGCCAACGUAUGCAGUGCGCUACACCGUCAAGGUGCCGUACUCGGUACCUGCCUCCAACUGCCUCGGGGUGGUCCUCACGUUUCCAGGCCAAUUGUACUAUGGCCAAGGCAUCCGCGACUUUGUGUGUGCGUUUGCAGCGCUCAAUCAAUCGGCACGGGCUGACAGCGCUCCCACCUGGACAAAGUGCCAGCACGAGUACCUCCUGGGGCAGCCCAUCGCCGAAGGGUGCAUCUGGGCAGCCCCCGCCCCCCCUUCUUCCGCCUCGAACGACAACACAACAAAUACCAUGUCCUACGCCGUGUAUUUCGGCCGCCUCGAACUACAAGGGCCGACGUACAACUGGUUCAAGUUUGCAUUUCGAUCGUGCCUGACGCUAUUCAUUGUGUGCCUUUUGUGGAGGAUGUACUUUGCGCAUUACCGCCCGUUGGUGGCGAAUCUCGGUCGACUGGGACUAGGGGACGGAGCAGCGUACGAAAAAUUUGAACUUCUCGUGGGGGACCCCACCCCGAUCGUUCUCAGCCAUCCGCUCGUGUGUCUUGUGUUUGUAUGGGAUGUGUGGCUCAGCCCUGUCUAUUUUGGCUUGGCUACGAUUCGCGUGAGCCAACUCAGCGACUGGUGGAUCUUCUUCCUCGGCUCCCUUUACGGUUCCCGCACGCUAUGGUUUGCGUACUUUACAAUGCGGUACGCAACUUACGGGAUCAAACGGUGGCAUGUCGAACAUCGGUUUGCCGCCAUCGACCCGGGGCUCGUUGCGAUGGCGGUGGUCGUGUUUUCAGGUCCGAUGAUGUGGGUGACGGCCAACACCGCGUUGGCCACGUACUUUUACUUUACCUGGUCCAUCUUUGACACGUCCUCACCUGGGCUUUCCAUCGAAACGUUUCCAGGCGCAGUCUCGGCCGUGCUCAUGAUAUCGCUGAUUCCGUUUACGUACUCCAUUCUUGUAAGCUGGGUAGAUCAUACCAACCCAACCGACCAGCUGUCCGUGCUGCGGUAUGCAUGUACCUCGUACAAUGACUUGAAGACCAAGUUGUUGAUGCGGCUUCAGUUGGACCGACCGUCGAAUUCCCAGCGAGAUCUGUCAAGCAGCCCGGUCGUCGACAUGGUGGGCGGGUCUGUAUACGCGUUGAUGGACAAGCAACCCAUGACGAAGCGGCUGCCGCUGUUCAGUUUGCGCGGCUCCGACUGCUUUGUAUCUUGCAUGGACGGUCAUGGCAAUGUCGUCAAGAAGCUGCGCCUGACGCUCUUGGAUUGUGUUGAUGUGGCACCGAUUGCCUUGAAACGCCACCGCCACCAAACCACCACCAUUGCCACGGCUUCGAGGGCCCCCACCAACCAGUCAAAGUCGCCAACCAAUGGCAUCGCGUUGUGCCCCCUGGACCAUCCCCACCAAAGCUUUUGCCUCGUGAACCGACAAAUAUGCCCCGGCAUGUAUGCCACCGCCCCCACCUACGUCCACCUCGGCGCGUCCAAGUGCAAGUGGGUGUUGUAA